AUGGAGAACUGUCAGGAGAAGGCGGAGUCGGGAGGGAGUGGCAUCUCUGAGCCCCAGAAGUCACCAGCCUCCAUCCCUGUCCCCCAGACCAUGGCCCUGAGCCAGAUGGCACCCGGGCCAGUGAUGGCAUUGGGACCGGCGCUGCCCCAGCUCCCUGAGGGUCCGGCGGCUGUCACCAUCCCCAUCCGACUAGACGCCCUGUCCUACCUUCUCCACAGUGCCCUGCUUGGGGCCUACAGCCUUAGGUCUGCCCCAGCCCUCUGUCCUUACCACCCUAACCCUUGCUGCGGCCGGCCACAGGAUCAGCCGCUGGCCCAGGAGCCCCCACAGCAGCCCUGGGCCCGAAGCUGGAGCCAAAGGGAUGCCCUUUGGCCAGGGGAGGGGGGGCCCAAGGGCAGAAGGGGCCCUGAAUCCCCUGUGGGCCCCGCUAAGCAGAGCUGGAGGGGGCGCCCUUCGCCCCUCCGACCUACGAGGGACCAGGGCAGCGAGUGCCAGCGCCGAAGAUCCCGGACCCCUCUGCCCCAGCCUAGGGAGGACCGAGACAGCAAGUACCAGCCUCGAGGAACCUCUGCUCCCUUUGCCAGCCUACCAGAGGAGUGGGAGCAGGAAUACCAACCCUGCCGGCCGCUGGCCCUGCCGCCACAGCCCAGGGAGGACUGUGAGAACAAGUACCUCCGUCCAAGAGCCCCAGCUGCCACCCCCACCACCCCCUCCGAUGAGGACUGGGAGACCGACUACCAGGAAUCCGAGAGCCCUGCCCCCCCGGGCCCCCAAGAGGCUCCCUUGGUCUGCUCUGAUCCUAGGAGGGAGAAGAGCCCAGAAGCUCAGGCCCUCCAACCCCCGGGCGACGCCGCCUCUCCAGCAUCUGGCCAGCCUUGA